AUGUAUCUGUUGAAAGGUUCAAUCAAAGUGGCGAAGGUAUAUUUCAAUUUUAAACCGUUGUGGUAUAGUUUACGAUUUCGCAUUUUUGCAAAAUGCCUGUUUCCAGAAGAUCGAGCGUAGUGUUAUAGUCUGUUCAGAUUUUAAAUGUCAACUCGUCGCUCAAGCUCCGCCCAUAAUGGUGCGAUAAACCAAUCAGAGAGCGAGCCAUCCACAGAGUGUUUUUGGAUGACGUCAUUCUACUUGACAUUCAAAAUCUGAACAGACUAUAGCCGCCAAUUCCGCACCUUUAGUUGAAAAACGAGAAUAUUUUUCAGUGCUUUUUUUCGUUUUUAUCCUGUUCAUCUUCUCUUUUGUGCCGUUGCUCAUCAGUUAUUUCCAGAUGUCGGAGUCAGGCAGAGAUCCUCAGCAAGGUGACGAUAAGCAGAAACAAGAAGAAAGUGAGAUUUGAUUGAUAAAUUAGGCUAAUUAGACAUGGUUUUGAGAAUACGAAGGAGAAAUGGAAACGACCAAGGGAGACGAGGCCAUUUUCGAGGCUCACGAAGAGCCCGCUGUGGAAACGUCGGAGAAGGCGCGCCAAGAAGCGGGAGAUCCGAGUUCUGACGUCACUCCAGGCAACGCUUUUGCCACGGACGUCGUCCACGCCGACAGCAGUCCCGUUUACACCGAGGACGUCCAGAGAGUUCAAGUCGGCGUAAGUUUUCUCUCAAUUUCCGUUCAGAAGCUUCCGGAUCUAUUAUUUGACAAGGUUGAGGUGUUUUUUCAUGACGUUAGUGUGAAUGCGUGGAAUUUGGAUUCAGAAAACAUUGAAUAAAUUAGAAAAAUUUGCAUCGAGCUUUCGAAGUUCCAUUAUUGAUUUUUGAGAAUAAAAAACAAUUCAUAUUCAUGCUUGUUUUAGAGCUCUAACAAACACGAGGGGGAUAAUUCGAAGGCCGACAAGGUGAGCCGUCACUAAGAAUUCAUUAACUAAAUCUUGUUCCCUGUAAAAAUUUUGCUACGUUUCAUUCAAGAUCAUUUCUGUAAUAAAUCAUUUUUAUUUAUGAUUUUCACAUCAAAACCAGUUAUGCUUUACGAACAGAAUAUUGCAUAAUUUUUUGUAGAGAGUUUGCCAUUUCUAAUGUCUCGAUUUAUCUUCUUGAGGAGACUAGAGAAGAUCGUUUGGGAGCCGGAAAUGAGACAAAAUCAGAGGAGGUGGAAAGGCUUUGUGCCCAAAAAGGACCUUACGUGCCUUCCGUGGAAGAGUUGCAAACCACUGCGGGCAACACUUACAAGGUUUUCGGGAAAAAAUAUCGAUUUGAAAUUCAAAACUGGAUUUUGCAGGCUAAAUGCAUUCGGUUUGGACCCAUCACUUAUAGGAUUGUGAUGCAAAAUAAGAAUGGUCCUUGUCCUCUGAUUGCAAUCGUCAAUUCACUCGUUUUACGAGGUACCUUUGUCUUGAAAACCUUCGAAAUUUGCGACAAUUCCAAGGAGACGUUACGAUUCCGGACCAUCCGGUCGUCGUCAACGAAGAGCUCGUGCAGUUGGUCGCGGAACGUCUUCUGCGGCCUGCUGAGUCGCAAAACCAGCAGGACUUCGAGCGGAAUCUCGAGGACGUCAUUCGACUCCUUCCUUCUCUCAAUCAGGGACUCGACGUCAACGUCGGGUUCGUUCUUUCUUCAUUCACUUGGCCUCAAAAUUGUAUACAAAUACAGUCUCGAACUUUUUUUUUCAACCAUCUCUCCACGUCUUCCUUAAAUUCAAUUUUUUUGUUUUAAUAAAAUUUCGUCUAUAUUGUCUCAUAGACUGAGGAACACCUACGGGUGAAGAGAAAAAAUGCUAAAAAUAUUUGUAAUUAGGAGAUUGUGCUUGCCAUUUUGUUAUUCCUCAUCUGAUUUCAAUAUCUUCAUUUUAUGUUUUGUUCACUGAAGCUUCGAGGAUUUCCAAUCCUAUUUUUUGGAAUCAAAAAAAAAAGAAUUUUAUCGUAAGCAUAGUUUUGAACAUUGAGCCAGUCAUAAUCGAGCUUAUUGAAUGACAAUUUUUUUUGAUCAAAAAAAUUAAAUUUUUACUGUUAUUCAUGGAAAAUAACUUAAAUAAAUAUAAGUGGAAAAAGUAAUUUUAAGAAAAAUCAUUGAUACACUUUUAUCUACUAUGCCUUAUUUUAAUGUUUUCUUAUUCUCUGCGCUUCGUUUCAUUUUUUUUUUCCGAGUUAAAAGCAUUCUUAUCUUUCAGUUUCUCGAACGUAACGGAUUUCGAAUUUACCUCUGCGCUGGCUCUUUUUGACCUUCUCAACAUCACUCUCUAUCAUGCUUGGGUAGCCGAUCCGCAGAUGAAGAUCAUCUACGACCUCGUGAAGCCGCUCAAGUACAACCAGGUACUCGUUUAAAAAGAUAUCCGGCUAAUUUGUGACUUUUUAGUUGGUUAUGGAAAUUUGCAACGAAAAAAACGAGGAUCGGGAGCUUCUUAGAGAAUUUUUAGAAGGUUUUAAACUUGAUUCUACUAUACUAUAUGAGAAGUAUUUUUCAGCCUACCAAAGUCAGUUGACUUUCAAUGGGCUAACGGAGCUGAUAGAUCGAAUGAAAGAUGGGGAAAUCGCUGUUUUUUUCCGCAACAAUCACUUCUACACGUGUCUUAAGCGCCGGGUUAGUUGAUUUUAUUUUCAGAUUUGACUAGCUCUCGGAAUUUCUCGAAUCUUUCAAUUACAUUUCAGUUGAUGAUGAAACUCUCAUUUCGUCAUAUUUUAUUCUAUUUAGAGUAAAACUUCAUGUUUCUGGCAAAUAUGAAUCUUUCGAAAACAAAAAAAUAAGUUUGAUCGUUCGCAUCUUCAUGAAUUCGAAAUAAAGCCUUUUUUGAUAAAAUUGAAUUUGUUGGUCGUCGCAGGAUGAACUGUUCACUUUGGUGACGGACGAGGGAUUCGCCGAGGAGCCGAAUAUCGUCUGGGAGUCGCUCAGCAGCGUCGACGGCGAUUCCUUCUUCGUGAAUCCCGAUUUCCACACCUACGUCCCGCCUGUGGCCUCUGCUUCUGAGACUCCUUCUGAUGCUCAAACCGAUUCUCGAGGAACAUCUCCCAACUCCGUUGAAGUCCUCAGCAAAGAGUUUUUUUCUGAGAGAGAUUUCCACAAAUCUCAUUCUGUUACAGCUUUUUGCUUGCCCUGCAGCUUCAAAAUGAAGAAGAAGAACAGGCAAGCAACCUUCCGGAGCCGACCAAUCGCGGCGGUUCGACGCCCUCGCCGUCGCCUCCGAACCCGCCCAUGCCAAGAAGUAAAUCCCAGAGCAAGGUGAUUUCUUUAUCAUCUUUUGUCGACUUUUUGAAUUCUUAUUCAGACAUAGACAAAUUAUUUAUAAGUCCGGAAGAUAGGUCCAUCAAUAGGUACAAACGACACAAGGUAUAUAGGCACUCAAAAAAGAUACGAUAGAAACAUUUUAAAGUUUUUUUUUUUCGCAAAAUGAUUACAUGUAAAAAGAACGAUAAAGAACCGAAUUUAUAUUACCGUUUGGAAAAAAUUAUCUGUUAUCACCACGAAAGAAUUUCCUAGGCAAUAUUCCAAAGUUAUGUCAAAUUAUUUAUAAGUCCGGAAGAUAGGUCCAUCAAUAGGUACAAACGAAUUUUAAGUGAAUCGGGAAAAAAAAAAGCGAAAUAAUGAUAAAACGCAAAUUCUAAAAAGAGAAAAAAAUUAAUCUCGCUUACGUUCUUUUUUUCUCAUUAAAAAAAUUAGCUUCAUUUGUUUGAUUCUUUCCGGAUGAGUUUUGUUCUAUUUUUCACUCUUCGUAGUAAUUAACUUUUGAUAUCUAUGAUUUUCAAUUCAAUAACCCUUCUUCAUUCAAUCUGGGCAAAUUCUUCACCGGAAACUUUAACGAGAAAAGAAAAAUAAAAAAAUAAAAACAAGAAUUUAUCUCAUUUUUUUUUUUCAGUGCAUCGUCAUGUGA